ACUAAAUGGACAAGAAAUAUCAAGCAAAGUGAGGCUGCAGGCUGAGAAAUAGCAUCCUGUACUGUUAUUUUACUGCCUUCUAAACAAUGACUGAACCCAGGGGUCAGAUGAAGAGUUCAAAUGGUGCGAGCAGCACUGUAAUGGCACUGCAGUCCGCUUCAUCCAGCCCUGGCGUCCAAUUUUCGUCUUUGUCUCCAAAACUUGAACCGAGCAACUUCAGGAGAGUCAGCCGCACAGAGGACAGCAGUCCCUAUCCCAUCCCCGGCUUGGCAGCAGACAUCCUACACAUGCGAGUGAAAGAAGGAAGCAAGAUCCGCAAUUUGCUGCGAUUUGCAACAGCUCGCAUGCAAGGGGAGGGAAACGAUGACAGUGGGACAUCACUGAGACAGGUGGUCUUCACUGGCUCAGGUCGAGGAGUCACCAAGACCAUCACUUGUGUGGAGAUUCUCAAACGUAAAGUGGGAGGGCUCCACCAGGUGUCCAAGCUCUACUACAAGACAGUGAAUGAGGUCUGGGAGAGUCCACAACAGGGAGCACCAGGCAAAAACAUGCAGAGGACAGUCCCUGCUAUCUGUAUCCUGCUCUCUAAAGACCCUCUGGAUCCCCAGGAGCCUGGAUACCAACCCCCCGAAACCCUGAGUGUAACCACUGAGGAUGUAGAGAGACGUAGAGCUCUGUUCAGGCCAGCUCACAGUCCCUCCUCACAGCACACCGUCAAGAGAGUCUGUAUGGAUGAUUUGAGUGUAUGUUCUCCACAAACGUCCAAAGACUGA